AGUAAUUUUUUGUAAGCAUGGGAGCCCCUGAAACUACUAUCCUGACUCAAACCCAAAAAAAUAACAUUCACUAAUAUAAUUUCAACGAGUAACAUAUAUACAUAAGUAACAUACGCAGUAAAUACGAGGACAAGUCAUAAAACACAAUGGACGACGAACUAUAUCCGUUUUUCGAGAUGGGGCCUCGGGUCCCCGAGCUGUACGAUGAAAACUCUCACGAUUCAACUGAAGAUCUACCGAUGACACCGCCACCGGAAGAGAUUGUGGAGGUAAUGCAAAUUGUUCCGGACCCUCCUGGGCCUCGGGUCCCCGAGCUGUACGAUGAAAACUCUCACGAUUCAACUGAAGAUCUACCGAUGACACCGCCACCGGAAGAGAUUGUGGAGGUAAUGCAAAUUGUUCCGGACCCUCCUGGGCCUCGGGUCCCCGAGCUGUACGAUGAAAACUCUCACGAUUCAACUGAUGAUCUACCGACGACACCACCACCGGAAGAAAUUGCGGAGGAAAUGCAAAUGGUUCCGGACCCGCCCGCAUUACCCGAACCUGAAGCCACGAUUCCAUUGCGUCGCAAGAGCGCCAGGAUUGAAAAUCGUGAAAAGGCUCUCAAGCAGCUGCAAGACAUAGCAAGCGAAAGGAAUGUAAAUACGGAACAACCCAAAAGUCGAAGGGGUCGGAAACCGAAAAGGGCUCUAUCCGGAAAACACAUUAUCACCUGUGACAGGUGCGGAAACUCUCUGAUCUGCUUCCCGGUCCGCACUAAAUACUUUACCUGUGCUGAGGUUGACGGUCAACUUAUUAAGGUUAAGCAGAUCUCCGCCAAAAUGGCACUGAAUUAUGGCCGAAAAAAGAACCCGAAACGGGGUUCCCAGGAAAAGAACAGUUCCCGACGGGCUUAAGCAACAUAAUGAUACUAGAAGAAAAUUUGACUUAAAUCGAUCUGUGCUACAAAAAGUUGAGUGUUAAAAAAGUUUCGAUUGGUUCACACACACAGUUGAAAUGUUUCAAAAAAUGCAGUCCAGGAAGUAAUGAAAAAAUUACGAAACAAUAGAUAUCUCUGAGAAAUUUUGUAUUUCUUUUAAAGGAAGAUGAAAAACCCAAAAAAUAAUUAAAAGCAUAAGGUAUUUUCGUUAGCGGAACUAAGAAAGCAUUUUGUGUUUUACAGACUCCAUUUUAAAUAUCGCGGCUCCAUCUGUACUAACUUUUCAUACCAUUCUUGUCCGUCUCUUAUAAGUUCAUGCCUUACCAAAUAUGAAAAUAUAUUGAACAAAUUAUAAAUAGAA